CCCCUCGUUUUAUUUCUUUUGUAACAUAAAAAUCGCAGAUCUAAAAACCCUAUAUAAAUCUCAUUCUCAUUCUCUUCUCCUUCCAUCCUCAUCAUUUCCCUCAGAUCUGUUUCUACUCCUUUUCCAAAGACCGAGAGAAAGAGAGUGAGACUACCUCUUCUCUUCGAAUUGGAGCGUUACUUUUUUUUGUUCCGUUUCGAUCUACUUCGGCGUUUUUUAAUAAUGGCGUCUCCUUAUCCUGGAGCGAUGCAGGUUGGUUCGUACUUUGUGGAACAAUACUAUCAAGUGUUACAGCAACAGCCACAUCUUAUCCAUCAGUUUUACUCUGACUCUAGUAAAAUGAUCCGUGUUGAUGGCGAAUCCAGCGACACUGCCGAUACUUUACUGCAUAUUCACAACAUGGUGAUGUCGUUAAACUUCACUGCAAUCGAAGUGAAGACAAUAAACUCAGUGGAAUCAUGGGAAGGAGGGAUCCUUGUGGCGGUUUCAGGGUCAGUGAAAACAAAGGAGUUUAACAACAGAAGGUGUUUCAUGCACACUUUCUUCCUUGCUCCUCAGGAGAAAGGUUACUUUGUUCUCAAUGAUAUCUUUCAGUUCAUCGAUGAAGGAGGUGUUGAUGUCUUCUCUCAUCAUCAUCAGCAACACGAGGCUCAGCUUAAUCCUCAAAGCUCUCCUCCUCAUCCUGAACUUCAAGGUCAUGAUGAUUAUGUUGUGGAGCAAGAGGCGAGUGAUUAUGUGAAUGCAGUUCAGAUCAAUGAUGAUCUUGUUGAUAAGUAUUCUCUGCAAGAGGAUCAACAUCAACCUCAGCAUGAAGAGUAUGAGGAUGAAGUUGCGGUUGAGGAAGCGCCUAGGGAGGAAGUUGUGGUUGAUGUUGUACAUGAACCUCGUGCUGCACCUCCAGAGGAGCCCGUUGCUGAAAAAUCCAAGAUGAGUUAUGCUUCCAUUCUACGGGUUGCAAAGGAAGCAGCUGCUGUACCUGUAGCUGCUACACAACCAUCGUAUAACAGGAACUCUCAAGAGAAUAAUGAGUGGGAUCAACCACUACGGACUCCUUCCCCUCAGUUGGCCGCGCCUCCUGCUCCUGCUCAGCAAUCAAACGCCUUUACUGACUAUGGAGCAGAGGCAGAUGGUGGCUUCGGAUUUGAAGACUUUGAGAUCAAAUCAGUGUACGUUAGGAAUCUGCCUUCCAACAUAUCUGCUUCAGAGAUCGAGGAAGAGUUUAAGAACUUCGGUACAAUCAAGCCUGAUGGUGUUUUCCUCAGAACCCGCAAGGAUGUUAUUGGCGUUUGCUAUGCUUUUGUUGAGUAUGAAGACAUGACAUCCGUUGAGAAUGCUAUUAAGGCAUCUCCUAUAUAUUUGGGUGGAAGACAAGUAUACAUUGAGGGACGAAGACCCAACCCCGCUGGUGUUCGCGGAGCAAGAGGAAGAGGUCGCGGGAGAGGCGGUUACCCAACAGAAGCACCAGGAGGCCGAUUUGGUUCCCGUGGGAGAGGAAACCAGGAAGGAGGUGACUACAGGCCAAGAGGCAACGGUCACUACCGUGGCGGCCGCUAAGGCAAAAAGAAGAAGAAGAAACGCAGCUGAAUCUCUUCUAUAAGUUUUAGGGCAACCGAGAAUGAAUGAUUCAGAGGUGUUCUUGUUUUCCUUUAUCUACCGAGGUAGUUUGUGUAACAUUUUGUUGGGUUUGGUUUUUGGUUCAUAUGUUUUUUUCUCUAAUUUGUUUUAGAUUUAGAGCUUGGACUCUCUUUCUUUGAGAACGGCUUUAGUUAUGUAACAUUUCAAUUUUUGUUUUUUUUCCUUCCUUUUAUGUUGGCUUGAUUUUUAAACUUUUGUUGCUGUUUCUUUUCUUUGGUUUGAUUAAAACUCUCAUCUCUCAGAACUUUCAUGUGUUAUAAAGCAGACAUCAGUUUUAACAUGACUGGAAGUUACC